GCCGAGUAGAGCGGUAAUGUUGUGCCUCGCGUCAUCGCGUCGACGUAACUUUCGUAAAAAAAAAACUGACUAAUAUUUUUACUUUUUUGCGAAAGUGUUACAGUGACCGGUGGAGUGUAAAAACGUGUUGUGAGUUACAGUUAAACGUGAUAAGAUUACUAUUGUGUUUUGGAAUGUUGCAAUAACUCUGUGAAUUCUGUGAAACUACGGAUUUUGACGGUAGUGUUGUGCAGUGAAAUUGUCGAUACACGGUAUCGAUAUCGAUAGUGAGUGAUGCGGGAGCAGGGUGCGUGACGUCACAACAUGGCGGACAGCCCCGCCACCUCCAUCAUCGAGGGGACUGUGAAGUUCCGCGAUGGGAAAAAGUGGAAAUCGCGAUGGUGUGUUAUGAGGAAGCUGUCUCCAGUAGCAGACUGCGUCCACAUACAACUCUACAAGGAUCUAAAAGAGAGACAGAAGAACGGUCAGACGAAGGCAUCUCUCUCCCUCCAGCAGUACUUGGGCUUUGAGUCGGGGUUCACCCUGGACAAGGAGUCCAAUACCCUGGCUAUACUGUGCGAGGACGUGGUCCCCGUGCUGGCGUUUGAUACCCGAGAGAUACUCAUACAAUGGAGGGUUAAGGUACAACACAACUUAGGCAGCAGUCGAGAGUUCGCAGCCGUGGUGAUCUCCGCUCCAUCAGCUGCAGGUGUCAAGGCGGGGCCGGUGCGGCUGCACGCGUGCGGCCCGCGACUCGCGCUGACGGUCGCCAGGCCGCCGGAGAUUGUCGCGUUGUGGGAUGUUAAGCUGCUGAGGAAAUUCGGCGUGGUGGACUCCCGGUUCUGUGUGGAGGGGGGAUCCCGGUGCGGGCGGGGGGCGGGGCUGUUCGUGUUUGCGGCCGACGGGGGGAGGGAACUCACCGACCUGCUCACCCUCCAUUCACAUGAGGCACAGUCGCGCCUGAGCAUUGCGUCGAGGAGCGGGUCAGUCCUAGAAAAGCGGUUUUCGGACACCAGUUCCUGUAUGGAAGACUUCAACCAGUCCCUCCGUUCCUCAUCCCCGUGGGCGCCCAACAGCCAGACCAUGCACUGCCUGUCCGACCUGGACAGCAGCAUCGACAGCGAGGAUAGACGACGACCUACCUCCCUGCCAAGGUGCUCCAGCUGCAUCGGCAAGAUCAGCCAUUUGACGAGGUCAUCAACAAUGAACACGCCAGGCUCGCUCAUGUCACCGGUCUGGACGAUGGAGAACAUCCUCGAAAAGCGGUCAGACUCCGACCGAGCGUCCAUAUACUCGCGAUCCAGUGGCAGUGCCUCAGAGUACUCUGUACCAAGAGGCUGCAUGCUGGACAAGAGCUUCGACUCCAAACGUUCCAGUCCAGUAGCUUGCUGCACGCCGACCGUGCCAGUGAAGACCGGGAACACUUGCCAGUGCUGGCAGCAGCCCAAGCCGUGUUGCUGUCGCAAGAAGUUCAACGGGCCCUACGAGAAUUAUGACGUGCCAAAGAUGCCAAUGCCUUUAAUACAGGAGCAUCCUGGAGAUGCCUCCGCAGCUAGCCUGUACGACACACCAAAGAAACUAAAAUGCCUCAUCGGUAGACCCUGCGGCUGCGCCGAACCCGCGCCAGACGACAACCAGACGCAAAACAACAAUUGUGAUACUAGCGAUAGCAACUCCAACUACGUCAACGUCACCCCAGCCAAAACCUUAGACCUCAGCAACUAUGCCAACAUCGACAGAGCUACGCUAGAAGAAUUUGAAAGCUCCCUGAGAAUCCUUCGAAGCGCCGGAUUCAGCCAAGAAGAACUGGACGCGUUAGAGGAUAUACCCGAACACGAUGACAUGUCCACAGCUACUACCGUCCAUCAAACGGACUGCUGCACCGACCAUCUCAACUAUAUGCCCAUGGAGCCGCUUGAGAACAGCUACUCGAGCACCAGUAAGAACUACUCCGACAACAUCAGCAGAAUCAGCCACGUCUCAGACCCAACGCACUCGGACACAGACAAUACCAUGAGCACAAGAAGAUCUAGCUCAGCAGACUUCACUAAAAGACACGACGAUGACUUCAACUAUAACCCUCGCGUAUGCAUGACGCCAACUGUCAUAAGGCGGACAUCCAAAACAGAGUGCAUAAACGAGGGCAUCCCGACAGGUAAAGAUACCUUCAAGGUUCCCGAACCGAAGACUGAGAACAUUCUGGUGGCGCGGUUUAAAGACGUGGUUAAAAUCCGAAGGUCAUCAAGUGUGCCCAGCAAAUCCGACAAAAACAGAGAUUCGUCCAGUUCCAACGACUCCGGGGUAUCUACUGGAUCGUUGAAACAUCAUAAGGGAGACUUCAAUGAAUUUGAAAUGCCAGUGACGAAUGCCAAGUCCUACAAGAAGCAUCUAAAAAACAAGACUAUGAGGAACUCUCUCACACCAGUUCAUGGACCAUUCGUGAAGUCCAACUCAUCGGAUCCGAUGAAGAACCUGACAUUCCAGUUUGAAGAGGUCGCGACGAUGACCAAAUCUAACUCCUGCGACGUCGACACUUUGACGAGAAGAAAAAAGACUAAUGAUGGCGACUGCGAGUCGGUCCGACAGAGCAGCUCGGCGUCCGACACGUCGGACUACAUGGAGUCGUUGUCGGUGUCGUCCUUCAGCUCCGACGACCGCCACGCCGCUCGCCCGCGCUCGGGGCGAGAGUACGCCGGUCGCGCCGCGCUCGCGUCGGUCUGCGACACUUAGUCGGGACGAUAUCGGACCGAUAUAUCGGAUAUAGUUAAUGGGGGUUGUCGAUAUAUCGUUUGCAUUUUGCCACCAGAGGGAGGGUAGGGUCUUUUGUGUCAAAUGUCGUGUCAGACAGGAAGCUAUUUCGUGACACAUGACAGCUGUU